ACCGCCCCGAGGCCGCGCUCUCACGGGUCCGGCGCGCUCGGGACCCGGCCCCGCGCCAGGUUUGAAGACGCGUUAGCGCCACCGUGGGCAGGUCUCAGGUCCCGCCAGCCAGAGAGGACACGUGGGUGUCCCCCCCCCUUGCGGGGGGUUCUGGAGGGAAACGGAGGGAGACCGGAAAGCCGCGCCAGGCCCAAGGGGCAGAGAGACCGGAGUCGAGGGCGGGCCUGCCGCCCUGUUGGACCUCUGGGAGGAAGGGGAGCAGGCCGACCCGCGCUGAGCUGUCUCAGAGGUGGCAGAACUUGAUCCGGGCCUUGAAGGGGAAGAAUUUGGGAAAGGAGAAUUUUGGGAAAUUUAAAUAUGAGUUACUUCUGUUCAAGCAUAGACUGGCAAAGUGACUGAAGUGGAAGAAAAUCAAAUUCAGGAAUAUAUCAUUUGCCAUUGAGGUUGUGUUGUUGCAGAGUUUUUGGCUAAAAUUCAAGAGAAUAUUUAUCAACUUGAUAAGCACAAGUACUGGAAAGGCAGUGCCAAAGGAUUAGUCUCCCCAUACUUCUCAACCAAUGAACAGAACAUGGGAAGCCAAAUUGAAGAAAAUUGAAGAACGGGCAUCGCUUUAUGAGACGAAACCAUUGUCCCCAGUGUACAGACCAAGAUUGUCCAAGCCAGAGGAACCAGCUUCCAUUUGGAAACUAUUUUAUCGGCAAACUGAAGCUUUUAAUUUUGUUAAGAGUUGCCAAGAGGAUGUCCAUGUAUUUGCUUUGGAACACAAAGGGGGCGAUGGACAACGUAUUUACCUCGUAACAACCUAUACUGAGCUUUGGUUUUAUUAUAAAUCCCGAAAAAAUCUCUUACACUGCUAUGAAGUCAUUCCUGAAAAUGCUGUCUGCAAACUUUAUUUUGAUUUGGAAUUUAACAAACCUGCCAAUCCAGGAGCUGAUGGGAAAAAGAUGGUUGCCUUACUCAUUGAGCAUGUUUGCAAAGCACUUCAAGAGUUAUACAGAGUUAAUUGUUCAACUGAGGAUGUUUUCAACUUGGAUUCUAGCACUGAUGAGAAAUUUAGCUGCCAUUUAAUAUUUCAACUCCAUGAUGUGGCAUUUAAAGAUAACAUUCAUGUUGGUAAUUUUGUGAGAAAAAUUUUGCAGCCUGCUUUACACUUAAUUGCCAGUGAAGAUGAUGAUAGGAAUCCAGAAACAAUGGACCAUGGAUUUUCCCAUUUUUCUGAAACACCAAUUAAACAAGAAAUUUCCUUUAGUGAAAUGUCCACAGAUAAGGAUGUAGGAGAGAGCUGGACAUUGAAUUCAAAGGAACAGGAGAGGCUGGGGUCAGCUAAGCAAAGCAGUCCUGACCUUUCGUUUUUAGUUGUGAAGAAUAACAAAGGAGAAAAACAUCUUUUUGUAGAUCUAGGAGUUUAUACAAGAAAUAGAAACUUUCGUCUAUAUAAAUCUUCCAAAAUAGGAAAGCACGUGGCUUUGGAGGUCGCUGAAGCGAACAGAUUUUCUCCUGCACGGUCAACCAAUAUUUCUGAAGAAUAUCAGUAUUUCCUCUCUUCUUUGGUCAGCAAUGUCAGAUUCUCAGAUACUUUACGAAUUCUUACAUGUGACAUAUCUCGGAAUGAACAAAAACGAGUUGAGUAUUUUAACGGUACCAGCACUUCAGUAGAAGCCAUUGAAGGUUUUCAGUGUUCACCCUACCCUGAAAUUGAUCAAUUUGUUCUUUCUUUGGUGAAUAAAAAUGGAAUUAAAGGAGGAAUUCGGCGUUGGAACUACUUUUUCCUAGAAGAAUUAUUGGUGUAUGAUAUUUGUAAAUAUCGCUGGUGUGAAAACAUUGGAAGAGCUCACAAGAGUAAUAAUAUCAUGAUUUUGGUUGACCUGAAAAAUGAAGUUUGGUAUCAAAAAUGUCAUGACCCUGUAUGUAAAGCAGAAAACUUCAAAUCUGCCUGUUUUCCAUUACCUGCUGAAGUAUGUCUCCAGUUUCUUAUCAAAGAUUCUCCCAGUAUACAGUUGUAUAUUCUAGUUGUAGGUCUUGUAUAUUUUGAAAAGAAUGUACCACAGGAACUGCAGGCAUUUCCAAAUUUGGAGUUUCAGCAGCGUCUGAGCUACGAUGGCAGCAGCACUGAAUCAAUGAACUCAUUUUCAUGGUCACUAUACUGGAGACAGUAUCACCCAGCAGAUUCAUUUUAAUGUCUGUCAAAGAACUGGUCGUAUACUUAAAUACCUUAAUUCCACGCAGAUUGACGGUGGUGAAAUCAUCACAUAUUCGGACUGAUACCCGGUGUUUUCUUUCCAUCCCAUUCUCCCUCACCCUCCCCUUUGGAACUAAAGGAAGAGGCGUUGACAACAGAUGAAGCGACAACCCACAGUGAGACUGAGACGCCUCGUAAGCCACCGUCUAGCACCUUGUCAAAAGGUGUAGCUUCUCAUGCCGACUGGGGUGAUGGCAUUGAGGAUGCUUAUUUUUUGGAAGC